AUGACCAGCAGCACCACGGUGGAGCUGAACAAGCUGCAGCCCCGGGGCUCCACGGUCAGCUUCCACAGCAUCCAGUACAAGGUGAAGCUGAAGACUGGACCACUCUGCAAGAGGAAGAACACUGGCAGGGAGAUUCUGGUGGACCUCAAGUGAGUGGAGUUGGUGGAUCCUUUGGUCUCAUGUACACACAGACAACAGCAGACAGACACACACUUUCAAAGAUGCACACACACUCGCAUGUAUUCUACACACAGGCUUCCACCUUGAAACAUGCCCAAACACACAAGUUCUAGUGAUACUAAUUGACUAGUGGAUGAUUAAAGUGAGUUUGAUCACAUGCAUGCACACAUGCACCAUUACACACACAGUCCUGUGUGGCUCAGUUGGUAGAGCAUGGUGCUUGCAAUGCCAAGGAUAAGGGUUUGAUUCCCGCUGGGGCCACCCAUAUGAAAAAUGGAUACACGCACAAGUGUAAGUCCCUUUGGAUAAAAGCCUCUGCUAAAUGACAUACAUUGAGUACGGUUACAUGCACACAUUAAUGUGAUUAUUGUGGAUAGUCAGACUAAUAUAAUAGUUUGAUUAAAAUGCUUUGCAAGAAGAACGAUUUCCCUAAUAAUCCUCGUUAAAUGGACACAUCUGAAAUCAGGCUACCUGAUGGCACUCUGAUAAAUGCAGAAAAUCGCCAAUCAAAAUAAACGUUCUACCACAGCGACCAUGUUAUUUUUUGGAAGCAUAUUAGAUUAAUGAGUUAUAUAAAGUUUGUAUGUGAAAACUACUUCUAAGACUUAUACAUUCAGUUGUUCCAAACUCACUUCACUGGCGCUAAAGAGGGAGGUGCGCUCGGCUGGUGCUAGCACAUGCGCAGAUCAAAUACACCGCUGGGACGCCGAUUAAGGUGUUUACAUGUCCUAAUAAUUCAAAAGAUUGCUCAGAAAACCAGGUGUUUUAAUUGCCAUAUGCUUACUUUGAUUUUGACCUUACGCCGAUUUAAGAUAAGCAGAGUGUUUACAUGACUAUUUCAUAAUCUGCCUACUGCCAUAAUCAGUUUAAUAUCAAAUUAUUACUGUGCAUGUAAACAUACUCAAUAACUAGCUACAAUAACACACACACGCCAAAAUGCUAGUGGACCUGAAGUCAAUAUACACUUUGACCACCCAAUUACAUUUGGUGAUUAUGAAGUUAGCUAAUUUGAUGUGGAUUUAUUGGCAGAUACACCUCAUUCUCGCUCUGUGUUGAGCUUGUUAUUUAUGUCUUUCUUGGUACAGCCUCAGUGUAUUCCUGCCCACCAUCCCACCCCUUUACUAGUGAAUUAAGGGAGUGUUAUUGAUGGAUCUAAACUCAAUUAUAGGAAUUAAGUUUGCUGUCUCUCUAAUGCUCAUGAAGAGGUUUUAGAUGUGUGUGUGUGUCAGAGAAAGCGUGAAAGUGAAGUGAGACAAAAAGAGGGAGAGAGAUCAUUAACACAAGUUGACAAAACAUACAGGCCUCUCCAUUUGAGAUUAGGGCUAGCAUGCUCAGACCACAAUGAACAAUAGCUCAGCGGAAAAUUCUGUCAUUUUUUUCUGACGGCAUUAAAUGUACUUGACAUUUCCCAGGGAGGAAUGCAUAAUUUCACACAAGUUUUGGGCCGUUUCCCCUAGUGUUAAUUAUAUGAUAUUAACCAUGGUUUCUUGCGUAUAAUCUCUUUGAUGCACUGUGGAGCAGGCUGCCAGGGAACCAAAUUAAAUGCUGUCACGUGAUUCUACCCUGCAAGCCUUUAUCAUUCAGUUUUUAUAUUACAGAUGCUUUUUUAUACCAAUUGUGCAACUGUUCUUUGUGGAAUCAGAAGAUUUGAUCCUGGAUUCUUGUUUUGGACCGUUAUACAAUGCUAUAGAUUAUUUUAUCCGAUUGUUGGAGGUCUUUGGGGUCGCCGUAUUCAUUGUGCUGUUUGAAUCGGUUAUAUUUGUGAGUCUUUUAUUCAUUGGAGAACCAAACCUCCUCCUUUUCACACUGUCACUCUUGUGAUUCAUCCGUAUGUAUGACUAAGCUAUGUGAGACAAUAUUUACACAUCAAAAUCACAAGCCCUUGACACUUGAUAAACACGCUGGACUGGCUUGAUAACUUUUACCGUAUGUAAUGGUUUGAUAAGACAUUUGUGUAACAUUGUGAGUAUAGAAAGUAGAUGACAAAAUUACUUGAAUGGGUGCUAUAAACCUCUCAUAAGCAUGUCAUAAGGUGCUAUAAAUCCAGCAUUAUGUUUGAUGUUGUAAAUUCUAUCCUAUAAUUCUUGGUCCUUAAUCAGCUUUUCACAAGUCUGAAAGUGAUUUAUGGAGCAAAACACUUCAAAGUUAAGAUGAAAUCAACUUAUUUCCUUUUCAAAGCCACAAUUCCAUGAGUGCAGACCUUUUUAUUGUUAUUGAUUCAAUGUUAUGUUCAUCUAGCUUUGUUUGAUUAACUUAGUCCAACAGUUUGAAAUGCAUAUGAAUGACUCAGUUGUGUGUGUACAAAUUUCCAAAUCCAUUUUACUGAUUUGCAACUCUGAACUGAAGGCCUAUACUGUUCUUGAUUUUUGUAACUCUUUCAUAAUUUUUUUCCUAUACAUUAGAAUACAGUGCUACACUUCUCAUUUGUAUAAAAAAUUAUGUUACACAAUGUGUGCUUAUUAUGCUAAAUAUGUGGAAGGCUUCAGUGCAUCUUAAAAUAUCUGAUGUGUUUUGUUGUCUUGCAGUGGCAUCAUGAGACCAGGCCUAAAUGCUAUUCUAGGACCCACUGGAAGUGGAAAGUCCUCGUGAGUAUUUUGUUGAUGAGACCAGUUUAUCUUGGAGGCAUUAUGUUGCAUGUUACAAAAAAAGGUCCCACAGGUUGCCAUAGUGAUCAUUGAUCUAACGUUAUGGUUAGGUUCCUGGACGUUCUAGCAGCCAGGAAGGACCCCUCUGGUCUCUCAGGGGAGGUGCUGAUCGACGGGGCACCACAACCACCCAACUUCAAGUGCCUCUCCGGCUAUGUUGUCCAGGUAAGUCUAUUGGCUACCUGUUGGAACUGCCCUAUCACGACAUAUUGUGAUCAUACCCUGUUUCUCCUCAUUUCUUUACCUAAAUAGAUGAUGUAUUGUGUCCAUAACGAGACCAUGGCACAGUAAGAAGAGCAUAUUCGGAGGAGAUAUGUACAACAAAGCUCUAGGGUCAAACAGCAGAAGAAAAACAGUCUAGCUACAGUCUUUUUUCAAAGCUCCUUUGACCAUAUCACCCCAGUCAGUGACCUUUGACCCUUGUCUCUGUGACCUCACCAGGACGACGUGGUGAUGGGGACUCUGACGGUGAGGGAGAACCUGCGAUUCUCUGCAGCGCUGCGUCUGCCCCGCUCCGUGCCCCAGAAAGAGAAGGAGGCCAGGGUCAACGACCUCAUCACUGAGCUAGGCCUCACCAAGGUGGCCGACGCUAAGGUAUGUUGGAACAUAGAUAGAAUGGAAAUGUUGAGACAACUGUUCAGGACUGCAUUCAUAAUAGUAUUAUGAGCCUAUGAGAUGAAAUGCAGUUUAAUAGGAUCUCUAUGGUCAAACCAUCCACAGUAUUCUCCCUCCACUAUAUACACUGAGUAUACCAAACAUUAGGAACACCUUCCUAAUAUUGAGUUGCACCACCCCCCUCCCUUUUCCCCUCAGAACAACCUAAAUUCGUCAGGGCAUGAACUACAAGGUGUCGAAAGCCUUCCACAGGGAUGCUGGCCCAUGUUGACUGCAAUGCUUCCCACAGUUGUGUCAAGUUGGCUGGAUGUCCUUAGGGUUGUGGACCAUUCUUGAUACACACGGGAAUCUGUUGAGCGUGAAAAACCCAGCAGCGUUGCAGUUCUUGACAAACUCAAACUGGUGCGCCUGGCACCUACUACCAUACCCCGUUCAAAGGCACUUCAAUCUUUUGUCUUGCCCAUUCACCCUCUCUCGUCGGCCCCAGAGUCAAUGAGCACCCGGAUGGAUUUGGACCGUUCUCCCCACAACAGGGUAGCAUAGAGGGGGUUACAAGUAGAGAGAGAUUGGAAACUCCCCUUACAGCUCACCAGUGUACUCAUACCUACUGAUGAGCCUGGUCUUUUACUGGGCAGGUUGAUAAGAAAUGUCCCGUAGCUCCCCAAUACAGACAGCUCUUAGUGUUCAGUCUGUGGAAGCGCUCAGCAGGAGACAAUCUAGCCCUGCCCAGUUGCAUGGGCUCCGGAGGAGGCGAGUCGGCAGCCCUCUGUGAUCUCCGGGAGAACUCGGGUGACACCGGACUCUCACUGAAAUGACUUCGGGGAUUUCCGGGAUUCCUCGGAGGCGAGGUUGAAUUUGAGGACGAGCAAGGGAACAGACCCCCUCUCCCUCCUACGGUCCGGAGCCGCCCAUCGAUCCGGAUGGUCAAGGUUAUGAGGGAGUCGUCUUUAAUCACAUCCGAUAAUCCGUGAAGGAACGUGUUGAACAGGGCUUCCGGGUUCCAGGCACUCUCAGCCGCUAACGUGCGAAUAUCCACCGCGUAUUCUGCCACACUACGGGAGUCUUGACGUAGUUGGAGCAACUUACUAGCAGCCUCUCUCCCGGACAAUGGAGAAUCAAAACACUUUUCGUACCUCCGCCACGAACUCCUCCAGACUGAGGCAAACGGCGUAGCGCUCCAGAGGAGGUAAGCAAGGUUCUCGGGACAACGGGGUAGGCUGGGAAGGAGCGCUGCUGAUGGCGGGGUUGCUGAGAGUCUGGGGGGUUACUGUUGUGGCUUGCUGCCUAGUUGGGAAUCCGCGGAAUUGCUCCAGCAAUGCAUUGAACGCAUGGUCAUGGCGUUCUGCCAGGGUAUGGAGUCCCUCCAUAAGGCUUUGUAGUAACCCCUUGUGUCUUCCAAUGGUGGCUCCUUGGGAGGAGACGGCGUUGCGGAGCUGGUCCGAGUCUGCUGGUUCAGUCAUGGCCAGUUGGUACUAUCACGGCUCAGGCUAAGACCCAGAUGCAGACACAGGAGGUGGAUAGUACGUGUCCCAGAGUUUAUUACAGUACAAGGGGCAGGCAAUCGGUAGGUCUAGGCAGGCAAAGAGUCGUAAUCCAAAUCAGUCAGGCAGGUACAGGACGGCAGGCAGGAUCAGGACAGGCAGAAAGGUCAGAACUGGGAAGCCUAGAAAAAGCUAAAAUUAGAGCACAGGAACACGCUGGUAGGACAUGACGGUGCAAGACAAACUGGCAACAGAAAACGCAGGUAUAAAUACACAUGAGGUAAUGGGAGACACCUGGUGGGGGUUGGAGACCAUCACAAGACAGGUGAAACAGAUCAGGGUGUGACAAAUUGUCUCAAGGCCUAUACAUUCUUCUUUAACCUGUCUCCUCCCCUUCAUUUACACUGAUUGAAGUGGAUUUAACAAGUGACAUCAAUAAGGGAUCAUAGUUUUCACCUGGAUUCACCUGGUCAGUCUUUGUCAUGGAAAGAGCAGGUGUUCUUAAUGUUUUGUAUACCCAGUGUAGAGGUGCUGUAAAAUUGCUUCCUUCUCACCAAUGUUUUGAAAUUACAUUUUGAAGGUUUCAGGCCAUAUGAGGGCUAUCAUGUGGUACAAGGCUGUGGUACCAUACAGCAGUGGUUCCCAACCUUUUUUCCUUGGAGCCACCCCCCCCCAAAAAAAUAAAAUAAUAAUAAAGUGAUUCAUUCCAAAUCUUUAUUGGCAAAAAUGUACAUCAAUUAUAGUUUUUCUUUCCUUUUCUCUUUGGUUUGCCCUGGUUAUCUUUGUGUAUAAUCAACUGUAGGCCUAUACACACACACACACAUUGUUACCAAAAUAAUAAUAAUGAUUCAUUAUCAGCGUAAUAAGUGAUUAACAGCACCUAUAUAGCUCUGUCCUAGAUCUCCCUCAGACCAAUUAACUGAAACGGGGCAGUUUGUUGCAUACACACAUGCACAUCAUGUGAACACUGGUUUUGACACAGCUAUAAUGUAUGUGUUAUAAAAAUAAGUAACAUUAACAAACAGUACGUUACAAUCAAUAACUUGUUCCUUCCUUAAAAAACGAAUGGCCACCUUGGGCCUGCAUACCUCUGACCAGGGAUGGGAUGUCAGGUGUGAUGCUAGUGACAGCCAGCCUAAAGUCCUGGUGGACAUCGAGCCUGUUACGGGCUUUUGUUUUUAUUGUUACAAGCGCGCUGAAGGCCGUCUCAGACAGGUACGUAGUGCUGAAUGGUAGAAUAACCCUUGUAGCUGCGUGUUUGGCCAGUCUGGGUGCAACAGCGUGUCCUUUGACAAUCCAAAACUUUUUGUAUCCGUUCUCGUGGAAAUAUUUAUUUGACAUAGAAUCGGCUUGAAGGUCAGCAAGCUCAUCUUCUCAGCUGAGGUAUUCCACAUCCUCGAGACUGCAAAUAUAAGGGUCCAUCACCCACGAUUCCUUUGAUAAGUAUUCGUCAACAUCGGCUAAACUGGAUUUAAUUUCCUCCCGAAGCAUGUUCAUGUGCCUGGUAAACUCAGUGCGUAAAGACGCAGGCACAGUGCCACCAGACUGUUUCAUCGGCAGUGGAAAUUGUUGUAGCGCCCCUUUUGACAUUUUUCCAACUCUGUACUCCAGUUUCCGCACAAAAGCGUCGAGAGAGUAUUUGCACUGCAUGACGUUUGAUUCAGGACCCUGCAUCCGCUUGUUUGCCUCAUUGUAGAGAGUGAAUGUAUCCGCUAGGUAUGCCGUUUUGUUCCAAAACGCAUCAGUCAGCUGUUCGCACAGCGGUCGAUUGUGAUCUUGCAAGAAUUCCUUUAUUUUUUCCUGCAGUUCCAUAAAACGCACAAGCACUUGUCCACGUGACAACCAGCGUACCUCUGUGUAUAACAGCCGUGUUUGAUGCGCUUCAUCCUCACACAGCUGGGCAAACAGUCUCUUGUUAGUAGGGCGAGCCUUAAUAAAGUUUACAACUUUAACAACAGUUGCCAGGGUGUUACUAAGGUCUUCCGAAAGUGUUUUACUGCCCAAUGCUUGGCGAUGUAGCAUGCAGUGGAAAAUUGCGCAUCCCGGGGCUUUUUCCUUCAAUCGGCAGUUAAAUCCCUUGUUUUUGCCCAUCAACGCUGCAGCCCCAUCAGUGCAGCAUGCAACAAUAUUCUCUUAGGGCAGAUUGUUGGACGAGAGAUAUGAGUCCAUAGCUAUAAAAAUAUAUUGGCCUCUUGUUGUUGUGGCUAGAUUGUUAGACAUAAGAAUGUCUUGUUUCAAGUCAUCACCGUCAAUAUAUUGCACAUAAACGAUGAGCACGGAUUUGUCUGACACUGUUGUUGUUUCAUCCAACUGAAUGGCAAAGGGAACAUUCCUAAGCUUCUCGUGCAGCUGGUUUUGACAAUCUCCAGCCAAUUAAUAGCGAACACUCAAAUGACGCCUCCGUGGCUCUGUGUAAAUCACUGCCUGCUCUUUCAAAUGCUUUUCUGAUGUCUGUGGAUCUUUUUGAUAGUGCCAACUGCUUCUUCCUCUCAAAAAAAUCCUGACUUUCACCAAUAGUCUCCUGGUGUUUUGUUUCCUGGUGUCGUUGCAUUUUGCUUGGCUUCAUGCUGUCAUUAGCUAGCUUCUCGCCACAAAUGACACAUUCUGGCCGAGUCCUGUCCUUAAAUAAAACCGAAGUUAAGAUAACUCUCGAGAUAUAGCCAUACUUUUUUUUUUGAUGAUGAGUCAUCAGCACUUUUACGUUUCUUAGACAUGUUGUUUAAUUCAUAAAAUAGUGAUGCUCUGACUGCAGGAAAAACGAGCUGCUAGCUGAAACUGAUUGAGCGCAGGUCAUUGAGGUGCACACUUUUUUCCGGGGAAUUACCGCUUUUACAUUUCUCUGCCAUUAUUCUUAUUUUUUUAGAUUGGCCUUGGCAUUGCAAGCAUAUAAUCUUUAAUGAUAUUUUAAAAUGUAUUAAUUUUACAAUUAAAUUAUAGUGGAACAUUUUAUGCAUGUUUGACCUCAAAGCAAAUGAGAUCACUGCCCCCCCUGUGAACUCUGACCCCAGGUUGGGAACCACUGCCAUACAGCAUAAGAUGGAUGUCCAAAGGCUAUCAUGUGAUGUGACUGUGUUUCUUCCCAGGUUGGUACCCAGAUGAUCCGGGGGAUCUCUGGAGGGGAGAGGAAGAGGACCAACAUCGGCAUGGAGCUCAUCAUCGACCCCUCUGUUCUCUUCUUGGAUGAACCCACCACGGGCCUGGACGCUAGCACCGCUAACUCUGUCCUACUGCUGCUCAAAAGGUAGCUAUAGCUCUAAACUGUUACUGUAACGGGCCUGGGCGCUAGCACCGCUAACUCUGUCCUCAAAAGGUAUAGCACUACUAUUCCAAGAAGUACAUUUUACAUUUGAGUCAUUUAGCAGACGCUCUUAUCCGGAGCGACUUACAGUUAGUGAGUGCAUACAUUUUCAUACUGGCCCCCCGUGGGAAACGAACCCACAACCCUGGCGUUGCAAGCGCCAUGCUCUACCAACUGAGCUACAUUUCGAUUGAUUCAUAAUGGGUGGGUUAAGUGGGAGGUAACCUAUGUUUCAUAUUUGAUGCUUUUCUUAUUGCCCUUCCUGUUUCCUGUUUCCUAAAUUUGUCCUCUAAAUGUUCUGCCUUUCUUAUUGGCUACCCUGUUAAAUGUAGACCUCAAGCCCUUUUUUCAUUGUCUUAUCUCCUUUUAGGAUGGCCAAUCACGGACGCACCAUCAUCAUGUCCAUCCACCAACCGCGUUACUCCAUCUACCGGCUGUUCGACUCCCUGACCCUGCUAGUCAGCGGCAAACAGGUGUACCAUGGGCCGGCCCAGAAUGCACUGGACUAUUUCGCCAACAUAGGUAACCUUCAAUAUCAAUACUACACGCAAAGUAUAAGGAGCUACCAUUGUUGUCUUGUUUUAGAGAUAAAGGAAGUUAGAUUGAUGUAAAAUAAGUCCUGAACGGGACAGAGCAGAAUAGAGAUUGAUAUAGAGGAGACUAAUGUUCACAUGUGUUGUUGUAUCCUAGGUUACGCCUGCGAGGCCCACAACAACCCAGCCGACUUCUUCCUAGACGUCAUCAACGGAGACUCUACCGCCACUGCUAUGAACAAGAUUCAGGGAGAAGGUCAUUUUCACACACACACACACACACACACACACACACACACACUAACAAACAGUGUGCAGUAUAUAAGUCCAAGUCUCGCAAGCACCUGAAAGGUGCCUUAGAGUCCUGGCGCCAUUGUAAAAGAACAAGGGACCCAGCCCUCUAACACAAACAACAUCUGACCCUGGGUCAGUGAGAUUAGGGGUGCAGGAGGCUUGCUGUUGCCCAGACAGGGACAGGGGUUGGAGGGAGCCGGUGGCUGGUGCUGCAGCCACGGCCUGAGGCUGGAAGCCAGGCGGUUGGAGGUCACAGUACUGGUACAGUAGGAUUUGUUGGCCUUUUAGAGGCUACAGCUAAUGCUAAUAGCGACAGGCAUACACUAUUGGUGUGGAUUGUGGAAGGAACCGUUUUGGUACAAUGGGAGUAGUCAACCGGCUCUCGGACUGGACUUCAAUGAAUUUGUAUCUGGGUCUUUUGGAUUAAAAAAUUGGUUGUUGUCAUGGGUGAAUUAAGGGGUGAUGGUCUCCAACCUUUAACAGAGUGUAUUGACUCUUGGGUUCUCUCUUUCUUUCCCGUCCUAGACAUUGACUUUGAGGAGCUUAGUGGCUCCAGGCAGACCAUCGAGGAGCGUCUAGUGGAGGAGUACAGGAACUGCUCCUACUUCAGAGACACACAGGCCGAACUGGAGAGGAUCGCCCAGGGAAAGCAGUACACCACCAAGCCCACGUCCCGUACCAUCACCUACAACAGCUCCUUCUUCACCCAGUUCCACUGGGUCCUAGGGAGAACCUUCCGGAACCUGGCACUGAACCCCCAGACCUCUGUGGCACAGGUUAGCACACACACACACCGAUACAGACACACACACACACACACACACACACACCGAUACAGACACACACACACCGAUACAGACUCACACACACACACACACUGAUACAGACACACACACACCGAUACAGACUCACAAACAUACACGUACCUCCCUCCAUGGUGUCUAAUGAAACCACAUUGAAUCGGCUCAAGGACCGCACAUUGCCCGCGGGCCACCAGUUUGAGACUCCUUACAUAGAAGUAUUUUGUCCGUUGUCAUAAAUCGAAUCAAAGACUCUCAAAGAUGUUGAGAAAAUCCAUCAAAGGUCCCAAUGUUUAGGAGUGGAUGACCAUUUGUGGGUUAAAAGCUUAAGAGGUGCUGUACCAAUGUCCCCUAAACUCAUUUCAAACACACCCCAGUAGAGAUAGGAUUCUCAGAAUACAUUUAGCUAUGCUCCUAUCACUAACGACCUUAUGACCGGAUUUACCCUCCGAGCAAGUGACUUGAGAAUAAUGUGAUUUUUAAUUGCGGCCCCUGUACUUUUCUCCACUUCACAACAAGCUCUUUUGCGCCGAAAGGAUGGGAGGAGGGGCUUCUGACGACUUAAUGCCCUCAUUAGUCAUCCAUGGCAACAACAUCCCAUCAGAAGUAUCUCACUUUAAGAAUUAUUAACAGCUAAUUGGCCCCAUAGUAAAUCGACAAUAAUCCCAAGCUGGGGUCUGGAUUUUAAAGGCUAGAGGGCUGGAGUUCCUAGCUAAUCAGCUUUGCUGACUGUUGUGACCCUGGUGUUGCCUAGAACUGAAGUGAUAUCAUAUACCCCCCCCCUCGGUCUCGGGUCCCGGUGGCCAGGGCCCAGCCGGCUGUCACAUGAUUGCGCCAUUACCCGCGCUGGGCUUCCACAUGAGGGGCUUGGGGAAUGAGGGGGAAUGAGGUGAAAAAGGUUCAACCUUAUUAGCUUAUCCUCUCACCCUGGGAACUGCGAUGGGGCCGGUUAGCCCUGUCAUAAAAUGUAAAUCGUCAGGAUUAAAAUAAAUGUCGCUCUGGAGAUUUGACCCUUUCUCUCUUUCUUAUCCAACAUGGACUACCGGUCUGUAGAUGAGAAUGGAUGAGGGAGAGUGUGGAGAACGCUGAUUCGGUGUAGUUUGUGUGGGAAUAUUCCUAGGUUUAAGAAUGUCGACAUUCUUAAUGGACUAAUCAGGUUCUAUCAGGGUUAGACCAUUUGCCUCUGCAAGGCCAGGAGAAGUAGUGAUACUUCUCCUGGCCUUUGUAUUCGUCAUAGCAUCUUACCUCACUGUAUUUUAAGAAAAAAUAUAUAUAUACUCUGAAAGAGAGCGAAACCCAUUUUGCUAUAGACCAACAGAGAUUAGUUUAGAUUAAAACGGGCCUGGACCUUUGAUCAAAAUGAGCUCCCUCAUGCGACUGAAGUCUCAGUUGUGUAAGGCAUAUUGUCAGACAUUUAAGAUCGUUUACUCCCCAAUGCCACGGCGCAUUGCGGGUCAUGAUGUAAAAUAUGCCGUUAUGAUUGGCUGAUUUGCUGACCUUUGACCUGGCUACUAAACUUACCAUGUUUCUCUUCUGUUGGGCAGCUGGGAGUCACCAUUUUCCUGGCUCUUAUUGUGGGCGCCAUUUUCUUCAGGGUGAAGGACGAUCAGAGUGGAAUACAGAACAGGUGGGGAAAGCAUUAUUAUCACAACUCCUCAAAUCCAUCUCAGAAUGGGAUGUAAUUGAUCUCCAGCCCAUUAUCAGCCUCAACUUCAUCCUGGGACGUUUUUGCAAAAAGUUUGGCAUCAACCAAUUGAUGCUCAUGUCAACUCAGCCGGAUCUCUGAUGUCAUAAAAGGUUACGCCUGCAGGCUAAAUUUCCUGUAAAUGCCACAAUACAUCCAUCCACCCACUGGUACUAUACAGUCAAUUAAGACUAAGGGACUUAACUUGUCGAGGUGAUCUGAUUUCGAUUAAUCUGUAGACUGAAACUGAUGAGAACCCAUGAGGCAGAACAACGGCAGCAUCUGCCUGUAAAGAUUAGGUUAGUAAAUGACUCUGCUUUGGGAGAGAGAUGUUAUAACAGGAUAAUGUAGCCACAUUAAUCUGCUUACAAUAAUCAGGAUUUUGCCCAUUAUUUUAUUGGUCCAAUCAGACCUGGGUUCAAAUACAUGUGUAUUUGAGUAUCUGUAAUUUAAAAUACUUUUUUUUGAGUAUUUUCAAAUACACAGCACAAGUAUUUGAGUAUUUGAAUCGUUAUUUGUAAAAAAAACAAAUAGUCUGCCAAAUUCUAUUUCAAAUACUCAAAUACACUGACUCAAAUACACUCCCAUGCAUUUAGCCCAGGUAUUUGAAAAUAGUAUUUGAAAUAAGUAUUUGAAAAUACUGACAAAUACUUUCCAAGUGUAUUUCCAAAUACAUUAAAAUAUUAAACUACUUGUCUUUUCAAAUAAAAUAUAUCUGAAUACUUACUUUGAAUGUAUGUGAAAGUAAUUGAGAUAUUUAAAAUAGUAUUUGAACCCAGGUCUGGGUCCAAUUAGACCUACAGUACGACUCCACUACCUUGGUCCCCUUAGUCUGAAACCCGAUGGAGCACACACACAUUUAGCAUUCAUUUCAAUAGGGUUUUCUGAUUCAGAGGGUUUGGGUUAAAUGCGGAAGACACAUUCAGUUGUACAACUGACUAGGUAUCCCCCUUUCCCUUUUACCCCCUUUCAUUCCAUCCAUGACUGGACAGAACAUAUGGAUUUAAUGUAAUGUUAGUGUAUUGGGGGUAUAGUUGAGAUCAAUAUGUGUAGCUAUAUAAUAUGGCUUAUGUCAGGUAUUAGGUCAAAUCAAAUCAAAUGUUAUUUGUCACAUGCGCCGAAUACAACAGGUGUAGACCUUACCGUGAAAUGCUUACUUACAAGCCCUUAACCAACAAUGCAGUUCAAGAAAUAGCGUAAAGAAAAUAUUAACUAAAUAAACUAAAGUAAAAAAUAAAAAUUAACACAAUAAAAUUACAUAACAAUAACAAGGCUAUAUACAGUGUAAAAACAAGGGGGCAGGCAAUGUAAAUAGUCCUGGUGGCCAAAAGUAGGCGAGGUAUUUCUCUGACUUUCUCUCUCUUUGGCUGUUAUUGGGUUAAGGAUCAUAUGAAGGGUUGGAUGAGGCAUCCUUUUUUGUCUCUGAAAUGGCACCCUAUUCCAUCUAGUGCACUAUGGCCCUGCACUAGAUAGGGAAUAGGGCGCCAUUUCAUACGCAACCCUUGUCUUUUCAGUCAGCUUUUGGGGUCUUUGGUUUAUCAUUCUGAAGGUGACGUGAUGUUUCCCCUCUUUUAGGAUCGGUGCUCUGUUCUUUAUCACCACCAACCAGUGUUUCAGCACGCUGUCCGCUGCCGAGCUCUUCAUCACAGAGAGGAAGCUGUUUGUGUACGUAUUGUAGUAGACCAGUGGCACCACUAUAACCUGGUCUCUUUGAAGUAUAGAAUAUGGGGGUGUGAGCAUGCGGGUCUGGCCAGAUGCGAUGUAGUCAUUGUUUGUGUGUGUGUCUGGAAGUUGUUCGUAUAAUUUUGUAUCUGGAGUGGGGAAAAAUGAAGGGAAAAUAUAUUAUAAAACAACAACAACAAAUCUCUCUCUCUCUCUCUCUAUAUAUAUAUAUAUAUAUAUAUAUAUAUAUAUAUAUGACUAUGAAGACACUGUCUCUGCCUAAAUACUUAUCAGUAUGAAAUGGACCAACAAGCAUUAGUUUACAGCUACAUUUAGUUUACAGCUACAUUUAGUUCACUGUUUGACCUUUGUACUUCUAAUUAUUCUGUAAAUGAGCAUUAUCAGUAUGAAAUACCCCAGCAAGCAAGCAUUAGUUCCAAAUGCCCCUAGCCAAGGAAGUUCGACAAGAAAAGACUCAGUAUGAGAUAAUGUAGACGUCUUGUCUUCGUUGUCCCCAACAGCCAUGAGUACAUCAGCGGGUAUUACAGAGUCUCAGUCUACUUCCUGUCCAAGAUCCUGUCUGACAUCAUCACCCUGCGCACCAUCCCCGCCAUCAUCUUCAGCUGCGUGGUCUACUUCAUGAUAGGUGGGUUGGAUGCACAACAUGGAAAUGAGACAUUUGCAUUUAUGAAAAAGUGAAUAGAUCAGAUUACAUUUUAAUUGUUAAGAUGGAAGAAAAGUAGAGAGGGACACAGAUGUUGAGGGAGCUAGCACACAAGCAUAUCGCUGCACCUUUUAUACCUGCUGUAAACUGUGUACGUGACGAACAACAUUAGAUUUGAUUUGAGACGGUAAUGGCACAGACCGUAAAAGGUCAAGAAAGGUCAAGAUGGCUCUACCACUCAAAACCAGACUCUGAAAUGAUCCUAACAUUGAAGUGUGUGUCUGUCCUGCAGGUUUCAAAGCCACUCCGGCAGCCUUCUUCAUCUUCAUGUUCACUGUGACUCUGGUGGCCUACACAGCCACUGCUAUGACCAUGGCCAUCUCUGCCGACCAGAGCGUGGUGGCACUGGCCAACAUCUUCAUGACCAUCAGCUUCGUCUUCAUGAUGGUGAGUGUAGGGACGAGGGGGUAAUGCAGUGGCCACAUGCGCGCGGUGCACGUGAGUUGUAUUGCAAUGCCAGUUAUGGUUCAAGUUCAGCACUGUCUCAUUAGUAUUAUUUGCUAGUUGUAUAGACAUAAGUACACUGCUCAAAAAAAUUAAGGGAACACUAAAAUAACACAUCCUAGAUCUGAAUGAAUGAAAUAAUCUUAUUAAAUCCUUUUUUCUUUACAUAGUUGAAUGUGCUGACAACAAAAUCACACAAAAAUUAUCAAUGGAAAUCAAAUGUAUCAACCUAUGGAGGUCUGGAUUUGGAGUCACCCUAAAAAUUAAAGUGGAAAACCACACUACAGGCUGAUCCAACUUUGAUGUAAUGUCCUUAAAACAAGUCAAAAUGAGGCUCAGUAGUGUGUGUGGCCUCCACGGGCCUGUAUGACCUCCCUACAACGCCUGGGCAUGCUCCUGAUGAGGUGGCGGAUGGUCUCCUGAGGGUUCUCCUCCCAGACCUGGACUAAAGCAUCCGCCAACUCCUGGACAGUCUGUGGUGCAACGUGGCGUUGGUGGAUGGAGCGAGACAUGAUGUCCCAGAUGUGCUCAAUUGGAUUCAGGUCUGGGGAACAGGCGGGCCAGUCCAUAGCAUCAAUGCCUUCCUCUUGCAGGAACUGCUGACACACUCCAGCCACAUGAGGUCUAGCAUUGUCUUGCAUUAGGAGGAACCCAGGGCCAACCGCACCAGCAUAUGGUCUCACAAGGGGUCUGAGGAUCUCAUCUCGGUACCUAAUGGCAGUCAGGCUACCUCUGGCGAGCACAUGGAGGGCUGUGCGGCCCCCCAAAGAAAUGCCACCCCACACCAUGACUGACCCACCGCCAAACCGGUCAUGCUGGAGGAUGUUGCAGGCAGCAGAAUGUUCUCCACGGCGUCUCCAGACUCUGUCACAUGUGCUCAGUGUGAACCUGCUUUCAUCUGUGAAGAGCACAGGGCGUCAGUGGCGAAUUUGCCAAUCUUGGUGUUCUCUGGCAAAUGCCAAACGUCCUGCACGGUGUUGGGCUGUAAGCACAACCCCCACCUGUGGACGUCGGGCCCUCAUACCACCCUCAUGGAGUCUGUUUCUGACCGUUUGAGCAGACACAUGCACAUUCGUGGCCUGCUGGAGGUCAUUUUGCAGGGCUCUGGCAGUGCUCCUCCUGCUCCUCCUUGCACAAAGGCGGAGGUAGCAGUCCUGCUGCUGGGUUGUUGCCCUCCUACGGCCUCCUCCACGUCUCCUGAUGUACUGGCCUGUCUCCUGGUAGCGCCUCCAUGCUCUGGACACUACGCUGACAGACACAGCAAACCUUCUUGCCACAGCUCGCAUUGAUGUGCCAUCCUGGAUGAGCUGCACUACCUGAGCCACUUGUGUGGGUUGUAGACUCCGUCUCAUGCUACCACUAGAGUGAAAGCACCGCCAGCAUUCAAAAGUGACCAAAACAUCAGCCAGGAAGCAUAGGAACUGAGAAGUGGUCUGUGGUCACCACCUGCAAAACCAGUCCUUUAUUGGUGGUGUCUUGCUAAUUGCCUAUAAUUUCCACCUGUUGUCUAUUCCAUUUGCACGACAGCAUGUGAAAUGUAUUGUCAAUCAGUGUUGCUUCCUAAGUGGAUUCAACCAAAAUUUGACUUUUAACCCAACCCCUCCGAAAGACACACAUGCUUAUGCAUACACGCCAGGUUUUGGAGAGGCGCGGGGGGCUGCCUCACUGGGCGCCCAGGGAGCUGUUGUUGUGGGGGGUAAGUGCCUUGCUCAAGGGCACAACGGCAGGCAACGGAAUCUAGGAUUUGAUACCAGCAAUCCUCCAGUUACCAGCUCUCUUCCCAACAGAUUUUAUUUUCCCUGUCGGACCCGGGAUCCGAACUGGUUGCCGGUUUGCCUCUUUAACGCUCCGUUUGCUGGCCUCACCACUCUAACUGCUAGGCUACCUGCUACCCAACUCUCUCUCUGUGGCUGUGUUGGAUCCUUGGGGCGAUAACAUUAUUGUAUCUUGUUCUGCUUGUUGGGCUCCUUCCAUCUUACCAGGUCUGUCUUGUAAAAUGGCAAUUUCCUGGUAAAAUUGCAAUUUGGAGGGGGGGGGGGGAGAGAAUCAUCAAUGUCAUUGGUGAAUUAAUAUUCAAUGAUGUGUGGUCAGAUCUUCUCAGGUCUGCUGGUGAACCUGCCCAGUAUCAUGGACUGGCUGGCCUGGUUGAAGUACCUCAGUAUCCCUCGCUACGGUCUAACAGUAAGUAGCUCAGUCAGCCACAACCUCUCAAUUGAUCUAGUGAAAUGUUCCCAUACUGUAUUAAUAACAAUAAUGUACUCAACUUUUAUAGCGCUAUUCAUUACAUAUCAAAUUGUUUUAAAUAUUAAUAUAUACAGUAUGACAUUAUAUACUAUAAUAAAACUGUAUUACUAAGUAUUGUAACGUUUCUUAAUGACUAGGCCCUGGAGAUCAACGAGUUUGUGGGGCUGAAGUUCUGUGAGGACCCUGCCGUUCGCGCCACGUCUCCUGGCUCUGGCAUGAUGACCAACUGCAGUAUGAACGCUACUCACGCUCUCGGGAUAAUGUGAGUAGCGUAAUACACACACAUACACAUGCACACACACACGCUUAGAAAUAGUGAUAGAUGUUGGUUGACUUAAAUACGGCUUAUAGGGUAUAUAACGAGUAUUAUCAGUAGGCUACAUACAUGGUGUCAUUAAAUGCAGUGCCUAUGGUCACUAUGGUACCUCUAGCACCAUCUACUGAGGAGGUAAUUGUAGAUGGAGCACCAGUUGUGUGUUAGCUAGAUCCCCUACGGUACAUUAGAGAAAGGCUUAUUUCAAUAAGGCAGCAUUACUGGGUAUCAAUAGCAGCGAAGGCUGAAAACUCAAAUUAGUGUUUCUUAUUGGACGAGUUCAGGUUUCACUUAGUUUCAAAACACUUCCUAUUUAACGUGACCCAGUCUUGCCUGCCCACUGGGUCCCAUAGAUACACUGUGGUGAAUGUUUGUUUGGUCUUCUCUAUCUCAUUCCAGGUGCACCGGUGAACAAUACCUGGACUACCUAGGAAUAGAAUACACUACAUGGGGCCUAUGGGAAAACCACGUUGCCUUGGCGAUAAUGACACUCAUUUUCCUGGUCAUCGCCUAUCUGAAGCUGCGGUUUAUUAAGAAGUUCACAUAAGAAGUGUCUUAAUUUGCCUUACUAUUCACUCCUCUGUGGUUAUAUCAAUGACAAACUGCCAGUAGUUUCUCUCUCCAUACAUAUGUUAUAACAUGAAGCAGUGUGCCUAUGGUUUGCACUGAAACAGGUUAAAGGGCUAGUUCAGCCAAAUUACAAAUUCACAUAUUCAUUUCCUAGACAAGUGGAGACUGCAAUCCACGCUUUGGCUUUGCUGAACUAGCGACACUAGCGCUGUAAAUGAGUAAUUUGGCUAAACUGUCACUUUAAUGUUCAAAAUCUAUGCAUGAAUGUACAUUUUCACCACAUGAAUAUUCAUGUGGAAUCUUUGCCCUCCAGUUCUCACUGUUCUCAUGUUGAGUGCUGUGUUUAUUUGUUCCAGUCUAGUAUGAGACCAUGCCUUGGUAUUUAGUUAAUAGUUUCUAUUUAUAGAGGAACUUAACUCAUUUAUUUGAAAAAUGAUGAUGUUGAAUUAUGUUUAUAUGAAUGACGUUUAUUAGUGC